UGACCGAUGCUUGGUCAGAUAGGAAGAGGAGAAGCAUAAUGAAUAUAUGCACUAAUUGUGCUGAUGGAACCUCCUUCAUCAGCUCAAAAGAGAUGUCAGAUGUGUCACACACAAGUGAAGUCAUUUUUGAAUUAGUGGACAAAGCAAUUGAAGACAUUGGUGAAGAAAAUGUGGUGCAAGUAGUCACUGACAAUGCCCUAACAACAUGGGAGCAAAGAAGCUAUUGCUUGAGAAGAGACCACAAAUAUUUUGGACCUCUUGUGCAACUCACACAAUCAACUUGAUGCUCCAAGGAAUUGGCAACUUGCCUUGGUUCAGGAAAGUGAUUGACCAAGCAAAGUCAUUUACCAUAUUUGUGUAUGGCCACACAAGAACAUUGGAGUGCUUGAGAUACUUCACAGAGGGGAAAGAGCUAGUGAGGCCAGGAGUGACUAGGUUUGUUUCAUACUUUCUCACUUUGAACAGUAUGCAAGAGAAGAAGGACCAGUUAAGGAAGAUGGUGGUUCAUAGCAGGUGGGACUCAUUAAAGGAUGUGAAAUCAAAGAAAGGAAAAGAGGCCACAACUACUAUAUUGAGUCCAGCCUUUUGGAAGGAUGUGAAGCUAAUGUUGGCUGUUUUUGAGCCAUUGGUCAAAGUCCUCCGUUUGGUUGAUGGGGAUGUGAAGCCAUCCAUGGGUUUCCUUUAUGGAGAGCUACUAAAGGCAAAGAGAGAGGUCAAAGAGGCCUUUGGCAAUGUUGAGUCUCGAUUCAAAGAUGUUAUGGCUGUAAUUGAGAAGAAGAUGAAUGGAAGACUUGAUUCUCCAUUGCAUUUGACAGCUUUUUUGCUGAAUCCACACUAUAGCUAUGCUAACCCAUCAAUCUUUGAUGAGCCCAAAAUGAAUGAAGCCUUCAUAUCUUGUGUCGAGCAAUUUUAUUAUCAUGAUGAGGACCAACAAGAACAGGCUGUCAACUUUGAAUUUAAAAAAAUUCAGAAUAGAGAAGGACCAUUUAGCAAGAAGCUUGCAAGAACUUUUCAAAACUAUGAUUACAAUCCAGGUAGAGCAUCAUGGUGGCGGUUAUAUGGAACUGAAACACCAGCUUUACAGAAGAUGGCUACAAGGAUAUUAUCUUUGACAUCAAGCUCUUCUGGUUGUGAAAGAAAUUGGAGUGGGUUUGAAGGGAUACACACUAAGAAGAGAAAUAGGCUGACUACAACCCGCCUCAACAAGUUGGUCUAUAUUCAGUUCAAUAACAGGCUGAUGAAUAAGAGAGAAAAGAUUAAGUCAAAGAAAAUCAUUGAUGUUCUCUUGUCUAGUGAUACAACUGAAGCUCAAGGUUUUCUCCAAGAGGGUGGAGAUGAUUGUGCACAAGUUGUCGUUAGAGAUGGGGAGGAAGAUGAGAUGGAAGGUACAGGGAUACCUUGGUCUGUUAUUGGAGAGGCAGUGGGAGCAGAAUAACAGCUUGAGCCUCGUAGAAGUGCAAGAGUGAGAAAGCUCUAUGAAGGAGAAGAGUUUGAGUAUGAAGAAGAAGAGUAUGAAGAUGAAGAUUUGUGCUACAGUGAAGAUGAAAUAUGAUCUGGACCAUCUCCAUCUAGUAGUGAAGCCUUUUGUGAUGCCCUGGUCUUAUGAACUACAACUAUGUCACUUUGUGUCUGUGUGUCUUCUUUUGUGUGAGACCUGAACUAAGAACUAUGUGCUUGUGAUGUCCUUUAUUUAUAAAUUGUAUUCUGCACUUGUAUUACUGUCCUAUCCACUUGUGUUGUAAUUACCAGGUGCUGAUAUGGUGUGCUCAACUGCUCAUGAAUGGGAGGCUGCUGAAAUCAUCCAGAUAAGUCACAAUUUAGUGUUUUCUAUUUUUUCGAUGAACAGCUAGCUGUCUAUUGACUAAUUUACUAACUACUAGCUGUCAAAAUGUGUUACAGCCUUGCAGGAGCUAGGAACAUGCAAGAGUAAGCUCAGCUAGGAAUCAGAUAUGUCUACUGGCCUUCUUUUUAUACUUACUGUGACUCAUAUAUAGUAGUUAUAUACGUAUAUAUAGUUAUAUAUAUAUAUAUUAUG